AAAGCGUUUGAUAUGUUCCUACAGCAUGAGCGACUUUUUACUGGUUUAAAUCGCUCGCUUACCCGGCAUGUUCAGUGUACCGUCGAAGGGCAACGUGAAUUACACACACCGAUUUGUUAUACAUUGAAAUCCGUUUUCAGAGACGGAUUUUAUUUCUUCUGUUUUUCUUUACUGUAUCUCUUCGUAAGCUCUGUUGCGCAAGAUAUUUUGGAAGGUGAUUUGGAAAUAGAUGCUCAUCGGUUAGUUGGUGCACAAGUGUGUACGCCAAACGCUUGGCCAUGGACUGCUCAGUUGGUUCUAAGAAAUGGACUUCAUCGUUGCGGGGCAGCACUAGUAGAUGCCAAUUACGUAGUCACUGCAGCUCAUUGUUUUUCACUAACGAGAAAUCCAAAACGCUACAAAAUUUUAUUAGGUGGUCAUAAAACUGGCAGUGGGCAGUUACAUUCUGUUCAAAAUAUAUCUAUUCAUCCCUUCUAUAAUUUGGUACUGCCUAGUUCAUAUGAUAUAGCUAUAGCGAGACUUAUCCAAUUUUCCAACUUUGCUGAAUCUAUAUAUUUAAGAAUCGAACCACCAGCUAACUUCAGUCGUACAGUACGCAAAGUAUGCCUACCGAUGUUUCCCGUGCCGGAUAACAAAAUAUGCAUUGUUACAGGUUGGGGCUACGACAAAGAGAAUGGAAGUCGUUCAAGAAUUUUAAAAGAAAUUCACGUGCCUAUUUUAUCCACAUUCUUGUGUAAUGAUCUGCUACAUUAUCAAGGUCGACUUCAUCCUCAAUCAAUGAUGUGUGCUGGUUAUAACAGCGGCGGGAUUGACGCAUGUCAGGGCGAUUCCGGUGGUCCUUUAUUUUGCGAAGUUUCUGGUCGAUGGGAAUUACACGGUCUGGUUAGUUGGGGCAACGGCUGCGGACGUCCUUUCAAUCCUGGUGUCUAUUCCAAAGUAGCUGCUGUGGUGCCAUGGCUUAGGUUACAGAUGCUUAUUCUCCACUAA